UAUCAUCGAGUAUUAUCGUCUAUAGAACAAUCACAAGAAAACCACAUGAUAAUCACGACCAUAAAGUCUUAUGAUUAUCACAGUAAUAAUAUUGCAUUAUGAUUGCUGUAUGCAGUUCUCACGAGUCAGGUGUAAUACAUACUUUUAUUAUUUAACUUUCACUGUAACCAUACAAUUGUUACGUUACUUAUAUAAAUUAUAAGGUAAUUUGCUAAAAUAAUUUACCCUUUAUUUACUAGACUAAUACUGGGUUCGGUUUUUUUAUUUACAGUAUAAUUCCGAUACUUAACACAUCCAGGAUUUGUUUAGUGGUUAAGUCUGGUUUUUUCCUUUAAAUAUGGUAAGUAGGAAAUAAUAAUACAAAUAUUUUUUUCUUUCAUAUACAUACAUAUUAGAUUAUUGUGUUAUGUAUAGUACAUUUAGUACACUUGAGUAGAUGAUCUAACACUGUACAGUAGGUACAACAAUGUAAAAAAAAUUAUUUUUCAUGUCAAAAUUCAAUAUAAAUAUUGUACUUUAAAUUUGAAGACUUAGUUAUGACUUGAAUUGACUUGUAUUUUUUAAUUUCAUUUUUUUUUCAUGUCUUACAACAUUAACCAUCAAUAACCAUAAUUUCAAUUUUAAUGGAAACAUUUGUAAUUGCAAUUUUAUAUAUUUCAGUCUAUAGCUGAAUUUUUAGAUGGCAUGCCAUCAUUUGAUGUGCGCAAUUUUUCUCGAUUCCAUUCAGACAAUGGUCGAAGUAAGCGUGUACCGGUUUAUAUAUCAACAGAAGACACACCAUCUGAUCAGGGUUUGUAAUUACUCUGUUCAAUUCCAAAGAGUUUUAUCCAAAUUUUAGACCCAAGAGGAAAGUAUUAAUUGUGCUUUAAUAGAAUUUUUUUUUUGUUAGACAUUUGUAAUGUUUAAAGUGUUUCUUGUAACUUAUUUAGUGAAUUGGCACCUCAAUUAUAGCACGAAAUUACAUCCCUUUCCCAUUAACAUUUACUAAAGACAUAAUUUUUAAUGUGCUAAGGUUAUGUAGUCUCUAACAAUACCCCAUAAUAAUUUAUCAAAUCUUAAUACGUCAAACAAAUUUUAUUAUAAAAUUUAAGCCUUUUAAAAUCUUACUCUUAUCAAUCACUUUAAAUAUUAUAUACAACCAUUUGAAUGAAACAAAUAAACAAUACAAAAGUACAAAUUAAAAAGGCAAUAAAUAAUUAAUUUAAUAUUUCCAAUGGCUAUUAAAUAAAUUGAGUAUCUAUUAUACAUUAUAAUUGUCAAGUAAUAUUCUUCUUUUAUGCCUUCAUCUCAACUAUUUGAGAGAUAGACACCCUUGUAUUAAGUUUUUCCAUUUGACCAGAUUCCCCAAAUAUACCCAAUUAUAUCUAACCACCUCUUUUUUUUGGCUUUCACUCCUACUCUUUUUGAAGACAUACUCAAAUCAUCUCGGUCUAUUUUCUCAAAUUUUGUCUACUAUCGAAGUCUGUACUUAUUUCUUAUUCUAUCUUCUCUCGUCACACCACUUAUCCACCUAAGCAUUCUCAUCUCUGCUAAAUUCAUUCUCUGUUCUAUUUUGCUGUCUACCACACAACACUCCAAACCAAAUAAUAUAGCUGGUCUCACCACUUUCUUUUAAAACUUGCCUUUAAGUCUCAUUGAAAUCCUUUUUUCACAUAAAACACCAUGAUGAUUCCUUCCAAUUAAUCCAAACUUUAUUCUGUAUUUCACAUGCUUGCCAAAGUCAUUGUUCUUGAACAAAAAAUCAUAGGUACUUAAAGCUCUCAAAUGUGUCCAAUACUUUAUUGUUUGUUAUUAAGUAUCUUGUCUUGUAUUUCUAAACUCAUACUUUAUAUUGCUGUAUAGGCCAAUGAAGAACUUUAUGUGUACUCAAGAAAUAUAUUACUCACUAAUUAUUGAAUAAUGUAAAAAAAAAACUUAUUUAUGAUGGUUUUAUUGAGUUUUUUUGUAAUUUGUUAAAUUUGGAAAAUGAAAAUAUAAUUUUUCUCAAGCAAAAUAGUGUAUUAAACUUUUUAAAUGUAUUUUCUUAUUAGUUUCUGAAAAAUAAAAUUACAUAAUAUGUAUAAUAUAUUAUGUUAUGUAUCAUAUUAUAAUUGUACAAAUGUCCAUAAUAUAUUGCCUAGUAUUCUAUAGUCUAUGUUAAUAUUUUCAAUUGUAUUAUUAUUUUUGUUUCAGUUAUUGUGACUGACAAGACAAAUUUGUUACUCCGAUAUUUACAUAAUCAGUACGAUAAAAAAGUAAAUGCAUAAUAAAUUAUUUCUAAUUAAGUACUUUGAAUCUUAAUUUUACAAUAAUAAUAUUAAAAAUAAACAAAAUUGUAUAUAGUGUAAUAAAAAUGUAGCUAUUUUUGUAGUUAGGAAAUAAUGGUUUUGUUAUUUUUGAUUUUGGUUUUUUUUUUUAAUUUUGUUAAAAAUAAUUAUAGAGACCUGUAAUUUUCACAAAAUACUUAUAUUGGAAUUUUCUAAAUAUGUUAAAAAUUUUUAAAUAUUUGAUUUUAAAUCUAUAGACAUUUGAUUUUUCAUUUGUUUUGGCCGAUAAGGCAUGCUUGAAAAAUAUACAUGAAGUUCAUCACAAGUUGUACUUAGUGGUUAAUAAAAAGAACGUUUGGUAUAAUAUAGUAGUUUUUUUUUUAUAUAUUCUUGGUUUAGGUUCAAAUAUGAAUGGAAAUUAUUAAAAUUAGGUCAGUUUGCGUAAUAUUUUUCGAUUUUUUAGAGUAUAAAUUGAUCAAGCUAAAAUGUUUGAUCACAAAUUGUUUUUUAUAAUAAUUUGUUAGUUUAAUUUAAAUUUAAAUAAUUUGUUAGUUUAAUUUAAAUUUAAAUAAUUUGUGAGUGAUUUUAUUACAAAACAAUGAUGAAAACUAAAGACAAUGCAAUAUUUUUUAAACUGCAUGUGUAUUAAAGUUUAUUUAAUUUAGUUACAUAUUUCCGUUUUUGUAUUAUUUUAAUAUUAAAAUAAAAUGUUAUUGGUUAUAACUGUAUAAUAAUGCAAUUGUUUUAAAUUUCAGCAUGGAGGUAAAAAAAGGGAAUUGGUUGAAACACCGGAAGAAGAUGACUCACCAACUAGAAAGCGUCCUAGGGUGGAUUAGAGUGUUUUAUAAAAGUACUAUUAAGAUUUAAUUCCAAUACUACUACCGCACACAUUUCUUUUUUGCAUUAAAAAUCUAAAUAAUUAAAUUUAUUAGUUAAUUAGAUCUUUGUUAUGGUUUAUAAAAUCUCUUUAGUUAUACCAAUUGUUUUUUACAAAGCUAAAGUAAAUAAUAAUAAUUAAUUUGUAAACUUUCUUUGAAUAUUUUUUUUUAUGCAUUUACAUACAUUUCAUUAAACAUCUAUGUAUUGCCAUUAUUAUUAUUAUUAUAUGAGUAUUAAACUACUAAAUCCUCUCUUGUUUUUAAUUAUACUCACCACCUAUUUUGCAUAUUAGCAUAUUUAUUAAGGCGGUAUCCAUCGACGUAAAUGAGAGGUAGGCUAUAGUGGACUUAGUCCCUCCAGUUCAUAAGUUAGUACUUAAUACCAGUGCCUGAUUUAGAAC